UGAAAACCGCUUCGCACCCGCAGCAGUGGAAGCGUCGCGGCGGCAGCGGUAGCAGCAGCUGCAGGUGCAGCAACAAGUCGGGACUUUGAGAGUAAUGCAACAGAAGGCUUUUGAGGAAAGCAGAUACCCCUGGCAGGAGUCCUUUGAGAAUGUCGCUGUGUGCCUGCCAUUCCGCUGCCCGAGGUGUGGGGACCAUACCAGAUUUAGAAGCCUGUCCUCAUUGAGGGCCCAUCUGGAAUUCAGUCACAGCUACCAGGAAAGAACCCUCUUGACAAAAUGCAGCCUCUUUCCGUCCCUCAAAGACACAGACCUAGUCAGUUCCUCAGAACCCCUGCAACAGGGAAAAUUGCAGAGCUGUGGCAACAUAGUGAAGCAGAAACCGAGCUAUGUUAACUUGUGUAGCAUUUCGCAUGAACACUGCAAGGACAGGAAGCCAUUCGAGGUGGUGGCAGAGAGGCCUGUGUCCUAUGUGCAGACCUACACUACGGUAGACCUACGUGCAGACUCGCUGGAUGGCCCGAGGUCCAGUCCUGGCCUUCCCACCUCAGACACCAAAGCAGCUUUCGAGGCACAUGUCAGAGAAAAAUUCAAUCGGAUGGUCGAGGCCGUGGACAGGACCAUUGAGAAGAGAAUCGAUAAACUCACCAAAGAGCUGGCCCAGAAAACGGCUGAACUGUUGGAAGUUCGGGCAGCUUUUGUGCAGCUGACUCAGAAAAAGCAGGAAGUGCAGAGACGAGAGCGGGCCCUGAAUAGACAGGUGGAUGUGGCCGUGGAGAUGAUCGCAGGGCUGAGGCAACGCCUGACGGAAUCCGAAGAGGAGCUUCUCAGGAAAGAAGAAGAAGUGGUUACAUUCAACCAUUUCCUGGAAGCAGCCGCUGAGAAGGAGGUUCAAGGGAAAGCUCGGCUCCAGGACUUUAUUGAGAAUCUGCUGCACCGGGUAGAACUGGCGGAAAAGCAGUUGGAGUACUAUCACAGCCAGCAGGCCGCUGGCCUCCGCCGGGACACCAGUGAGCACGUGCUUACAGAUAUCUCCUCAAAUAGGAAAUCCAAAUGCCUAAGCCGAGGGCACCCACAUUCUGUGUGUAACCACCCUGAUCUCAAGACCCAUUUCCAUCCAAAGGGAAGGAGCUACCUGAAAAAAGCCAAGGAUGACAGAGCCAGCAUGCAGCCUGCUAAGUCCAUGCACGAACAGGCCGAGUCCCCAAGAGAACUCUGCAGACCAGCAAAGAAAGGGGAGCCUCUAGGAUUUACCCGGAAAGGCAACAUAAGGCCCAAAAUGGCCAAAAAAAAGCCAACAGCGAUUGUGAACAUCAUCUAAAAGGGUGGGUGGCUCUGGACAGCCACCACUGGGCUUUGGGAAUGUUGUUCCAGGGGUCAGUAAUGUUCUUUUAGACACAAGCCAUCAUAAAACACAUUUCAUGUCCAUACAGGCACCUGGAUUAACCAGAAUUUAACAAACGGAAAUCUCGGUGAACCAGAAUUUUUUACAAGUCCCUUUUGGAAGCAAAAGGCAAAUUACAGAAAGAAUUUUUAAAAAAUGAAAGCAGUCUUAUUCCAAACUUUUAGUAAAAUGAAGCUCCAACUUCUAAGAUGAUUAGCCCGUCUCCAGCCGUUUCCACAUCUGGGGUUCUGUGCAGUGGUUAAUUCUCAGGCCCAAGGCCAAAGAAGAUGUCAGGCACUGGAAAAAAACUCAACCUGUGCCCCCUGCUCUCUGCAUUGUGAGGCAAGGAAUGGGAAUGUAAAGUUCUGUUAAUAAUAGUGAAGUAAACAUACUUUUGUUUGUUUUUAACCUUACCCUCAAUUAAUUUGGGAGCUUCCAAAAUAAGGCUGUUUCCCUGAGUGUUCUGAUUAAUCAAGAUUUCAGUGUUUGGGUUGCUUCAAGGACUCGUUCUGUCAGUUGUCAUUUCGACAGACUGUUUUCUAGUUUGUUUCAUUCAGGUUUUUGUUUCCCUGGAUGCAUGUUUAUUCUUAUUUUGAUGCACCUCUGCUCUCUUCUUUGGCUGAGUAUUCUGCACCCUAAGACCAAGCUGCCAGCCUCUAUCUUAAUAGCUGCUUCUACUGCUAUGUUUGGGGAGGAUAGUAAAACACUUUUGAUCGGCACCCAUCACCAAUUCAGGGUCUGAAUGGUUGGAUGCCAGUGGAUUGCACAUUUAGUGCAUUGUGAGCCAUCCCGGAGACACCACAGGUGUUACUCAGCCCUUUCCUAAGACCUGCUUCCCGGGGGUGUCAGCAUCCUCUCUGUUAGCUGUAGGCGUGACUUUCUCCGUGCUGGCCUAACUUCUUCCACCUCCUGCUGCUUCUGUGCCCUUUUAUGACUAAAAUACAUGUUCUUACCUUUCAACCAAGUAUCUGAUGUAUUUGUUGUAUACGGCCUUCUAAAGUAAUUUCUGAAAUAAACAGUGCAUGUGGGAUCCAGAAUCUGAGAUUGUCCUCCCCUCCCUGCCUCCCUAAAAUGGCCUUGGUUUCCAUAAAGAACCAUCUGUUACGAACCUCCUGCUUUACAAUUUUCUUCAAGAAUGAAUUUCCGUGUUACUUUUUUUUUUUUAAAUUAGCAAUAUCAUCAGGUCUCCUGCAGAGUUUACAAGUGCUGACAUUCUUUUGGAAAU